UCUCUACAAGAUGCAGGCUCGUGUGAUCUUUAUUAUUGUCGUUGGAUUUCUUUCCGAGUUUGUACCUUCAAUACAGGCGUUACGUUAUACCGUUCACACCAAAAAGUUGCCGUUUUUCGAAGCAUGGGAUCGGUGCAUAAUGAAUGGAGGAUACCUGGCGGCGACCCAAACGGCCUUUCAAAAUUCUGAAGUUUGGAGUGUAAUCAGAAAAGCAGGAGUUACCGGUGAAGUAUGGCUUUCGGGAACGCAGCUUGGCUUACAAGGAUCGUGGAUAUGGCUAUCAAGAAAUACUCCUGUUGGAAGGAUGAGUGGAUACACUAACUGGUACCCAGGAAAGCCAAGUAAUGCUGCAAACUCAGUAGACAACUGUCUUACCAUCGGUGUGUUCAAUACAGCUAUGUGGAACGAUAGACAGUGCACUCGGGAAUAUCCUUAUGUGUGUGAAUACUAUUCACCGUACAGUUAUUCUUUCGGAUAA